ACCAUAGAACGUUUUCAGUAAAAUAACAAAAGCAAGACAAGCUUGGAAAAUUAGGAAAUUGUAUUAAUAUAAUAGAAUUAUCAGCUAAAGUGAUUUAUUAAACUUUUAAAUCAGUGGAUAGUGACGUAUACUUAAUUAAAAGUAAGAGGAAACAAUUAAGAACUAAACAUGUGGCAAAAUCCACAACAACAGCAACAACAACCUUACUAUCCACCACCCCCACAGCCAGAUCCUAAUCAACAAUUUUACGGACAAGCUCCUUAUCCACCAAAUCCAGGAUAUCCACAGCAACCAGGAUUUCAACAACAGCCACAGCCAGGAUAUAAUCCAGCAUAUCCACAUCAAACACCUUACAAUCAACCAGAUAUGGCACCAUAUCACGAUCCCGAAGAUGCUGACAAGAAUUUUGACUUUUCUGAGCAGUCGAUUCGCAGGGCCUUUAUACGCAAAGUUUACUCAAUUCUAUGCGUUCAAUUACUGGUUACGCUAGGAUUAAUUUCAUUAUUUGUAUUUCAUGAAGGCACUCGAUUAUGGGCAAAGCAACAUCCUGAAAUGUUCUUUAUCGCUCUUGGUGUCACUUUAGUGACCAUGAUUGCAAUGGCAUGUUGUGAAAGCGUCCGUCGAUCAUUCCCAAUGAAUUUUAUUUUCCUAGCCUUAUUUACGCUAGCUGAAAGCUUCUUACUUGGAAUGAUUUCCGCUUCUUAUGCUCAAUUUGAAGUUUUCUUGGCUGUUGGAAUUACAGCAGCUGUGUGCUUUGGACUUACUAUUUUUGCAUUCCAGACAAAAUGGGACUUUACUGUAAUGGGAGGUAUCUUGUUCGUAGCUGCAAUCAUACUUAUGCUGUUUGGUCUUAUUACUAUAUUCUUUCCCGGAAAGACUAUUACUCUCGUUUAUGCGUCUGUUGGGGCUUUGAUCUUCUGUAUUUACUUGAUAUAUGAUACACAACUUAUGAUGGGUGGAAAUCAUAAGUACUCUAUCAGCCCAGAAGAAUACAUCUUUGCCGCUUUGAAUUUAUAUCUUGAUAUCGUUCAAAUAUUCAUGUAUAUUCUGAUGAUUAUUGGAGCGUCACGGGACUAA